CCUCCUGGAGACUGGAGAAGAAGGUGCUUUUUUUAUUUUUAAUCCUUUUUUUAGUAUUUUUAAGCCACCUUUUUCCUUGUAUCCAUCAUUGCGUGUGUGUGUUUUUUUUAAAAGAGUUGGGCUACAACUAAACUAUGUUGUGCAGUGUGCCGUACAGAAGCGAUAUGUAUUUUUGGGAGACGACUGACAGAUGGAAGAAGUGAAAGUACAAAAGUGAGCGCAAACAGCCAACGGCGCCCGGAAUGCAUCGCUCCUUCGUGGUGGUUUGGGGAGCUUUGCUUGCGUGUUUCAUGGAGACGAACAACUUCAGGCUUGUGGGCGCCAAGGAGCACGACCCCAGGUCCUCCACCAACAUGUCUCCAUCGGACUUUCUGGACUCACUAAUGGGUCGGACGUCGGGCUACGACGCGCGAAUACGACCCAAUUUUAAAGGUCCGCCUGUUAAUGUUACCUGCAACAUAUUUAUCAACAGCUUUGGUUCUAUAGCAGAAACUACAAUGGAUUACAGAGUGAAUAUCUUCCUGCGACAGAAGUGGAAUGACCCCCGCUUGGCGUACAGCAAAUACCCAGACUCCUCCCUGGACUUGGACCCAUCCAUGUUGGAUUCCAUAUGGAAGCCCGACCUCUUCUUUGCCAACGAGAAGGGCGCCAACUUUCACGACGUCACCACGGACAACAAGCUGCUGAGGAUCUUUAAGAAUGGGAACGUCCUUUACAGUAUAAGAUUGACUCUCAUCCUAUCCUGCCCGAUGGAUCUUAAGAACUUUCCCAUGGACGUCCAAACGUGUACAAUGCAACUGGAGAGUUUCGGCUAUACCAUGAACGACCUGAUCUUCGAGUGGCUGGAAAACGGCGCCGUGCAGGUGUCAGACGGACUGACACUGCCUCAGUUCAUCAUGAAGGAGGAGAAGGAGCUGGGCUACUGUACCAAACACUACAACACGGGCAAAUUCACUUGCAUUGAAGUGAAAUUCCAUCUGGAGCGUCAGAUGGGCUACUAUCUGAUCCAAAUGUACAUCCCCUCUCUACUCAUCGUCAUCCUCUCAUGGGUGUCUUUUUGGAUCAACAUGGAUGCCGCUCCCGCCAGAGUGGCGCUGGGCAUCACCACCGUGCUCACCAUGACGACACAAAGCUCCGGCUCCAGAGCGUCUCUUCCAAAGGUCUCUUACGUAAAAGCCAUUGAUAUCUGGAUGGCGGUGUGUCUGCUCUUCGUAUUUGCUGCAUUGCUGGAAUACGCUGGGGUUAAUUUUGUCUCCAGGCAACAGAAAGAGUUCCUGCGCUUGAGGCGAAGACAAAGGAAGAAUCUCAAGGAUGAAGACAUGCGUGACGGUCGCUUUAAUUUUGCUGGCUACAAUGUGAACCAGUGUCUGCCAACGAAAGACGGCUCAGCUGUUAAGAGCGUCGCUACGGCCCCGAACCCUCAGUCGGCGGUCCCAAAAGACAUCGACAACAUGAAGAAGAAGUUUGUGGACCGAGCUAAGAGGAUAGACACAAUCUCUCGAGCUGCCUUCCCGCUGGCCUUCCUCAUAUUUAACGUCUUCUACUGGAUCACCUACAAGAUCAUCAGGCACGAGGACAUCCACCAAAAGUAACGAGUCACAGGGUUUUUCCUUCAUGUUCUCUCAGACUGGGAGAAGACAGUCGAGGUGUAAUGCCAAGUGGUGUUCUUUCAGGGAUAAUGUCCGGGGAUGUUCACUUUGUGGACGUUCCGUUGUACUGCUGCAAUCAUCGAGAAGGGAGUCUGGGGUAGGGGGCGGGAACUCAAGGUUUUAGUAGCAUUACGGUUACAGCGGACCAAAUCGUUUUCUAACCCAUCUUGCCUUGAGGUCUGGGGAACAAAAAUAAUAUUUAUAAAUCGUACGGUAGCUUAGUAUAGCCUCUAAGACUCUGCGGCGGUAUUUCUAAUCGAGGGGGUUUCUUUUAUAUUGUACUAUUGUCAACGGCACUUCCUUUAACACAUGACAGUGCUGGAAAUGUGUAAUAUAUACAAGAAGAGGAAGUACAGUCGUGGUCAAAAGUUUGCAUACACUUGUAAAGAACAUAAUGUCAUGGCUGUCUUGAGUUUCCAAUCAUUUCUA